GCUCAGAGCAAAGGAGCGACUUAGACCAGACUGAAAAAAGGGCAGAGAGUGCAGUGGAGCAGGCAGAAAGCAGCCGGGCAGACUCUGGGGCAGACUCUCUGCACAUUGACUAGUUGGAGCAGUGAGCAGCACCUGAGCGGCGUCAGGCAUCUGCUACCUGUUGAGUUUAUUGUGGAAGCAGACAGGAGUGACUAAUUCUUCAAGGAGAAGUAUCAAAAGAGCAGUUCUGGACCUUAGACUAAUUGAUUUAAGUGCUGUCCCUGCAGCUUUUUGAAACAUUUUUUUAAAGGAAACUGAUUUCUUUGGAUCUUGCACCACUUUGUUGCAUCCUGGAACUUCUCCUCAGUGUCAAAACCAGCAGGAGGGAAAAAAAGAGAACUUAACUAUCCAUCUCCAGCGGCUCUCACAGCCCACCCUCUUGGCUUUGGACACCCCUCCUCUCUCUUUCUCUUUCUCACUUUCUUCUCCUCUUUUGCCCCCUUUGCCCUCCCUCAAUCACCUCACCUCCCCCCCAACAGAGCAGAAAGCGUGAAAAAUCUCACUAAUGGCUUUAUUUGCUGUCAGUUCUGUGCCUCUCUGUCAUUCCCCUGGACCAUUCUGCUUCACACAUUUCAUAGUUGAGUAAGCCUCCUCGACUGUCUGGCUAGACUUAGCAGUGCCCCUGCAAAGGCUGUGCUGGCUUGGAGCUCAUCAAGAGGGGAGGAAACACAGCAGCACCACUCAGUCUGAGAACUUUGUGGACAAGGACAUUCAGAUACUUAAUUCCUCACGUGUUUUUUUUUUAGCCUUUAGCAUCUUUAGCAUCACCAGGCGCCUUGGUGCUGAUUUGAAGUGUGAAGAUGAGGUGUGGAUGUGGCCCUCUGGCAGUGGUGGCUGCCGUGUUUUGGACUCAGUGCAUUCUUCUGGAUGGGGUGGAAGCCAGGAAGGAGCGAAAGAGGCCAAAGGAGGCUGCGCCGCAACACACAGAGUCGUACAAUGUGACUCUGUCCAACAGUGAGGAGGUCGGCGGAGGCAUCAAGACUUCUGAUCACCAACGGGUGGAUCCACUAGGGUCAUGGAUGGAUUUUGUCAAGCGACCAGUUGGAAACCUCCCCAGAAAGUGUCGCAAACGCAGACCAGCUCUGCCUGGACCACCAGGUCCUCCAGGUCCCCCGGGCCCUCAAGGACCUCCUGGCUUUCCAGGGGCUGAAGUGACCCAGGAAGUUCUUUUGCAGGAGUUCAAAGACAUGAUUAAAGAGGCUACAGAAAGGAGGGCAGCGGCACUUGACAGGCAAACAAGCCCCAGCCAGCAACCUACAGCCCUCCUGACACUGGAGGGAAUGGCCUCCCACCGCCGAAUACAAGAAGCUUUCCACUGCAAGCUCAAGGGACCUGUGGUGGUGGACAAGAAGACGCUGGUGGAGCUCCAGAACUUUCAGACACCGCCUGCUAAGGGAGCUUUCCUCAGGGGAAAAGGAAUGGACCAGUCAACAGGGAGGUUCACAGCCCAAAUCACUGGGAUAUACCAGUUUUCUGCUAAUGUCCACAUCGAUCACAAUGAGGUGAAGAGGAGCAAAAGUCAGCUUAAAGCCAGAGACAACGUCCGUGUGUUGAUCUGCAUCGAAUCACUCUGCCACAGAUACACUUCACUUGAAAUGAUUGUUGGAUUAGAAAGCAACAGCAAGAUAUUCACUGUGAGUGUUCAGGGUCUGCUGGAGCUACAGGUUGGCCAAUACACUUCCAUAUAUGUGGAUAACGCAGCUGGUGCUUCCAUUACAAUACAAAGCGGUUCGGAUUUCAUGGGCAUACUGCUUGGUGAAUAGCCUCACACUGGAAAAGGGCAUCCCCAAGCCAUCCACUGGUGUCUUAUGGUUCUUUGUAUCUUUGAAUGAACUGCCUCUUAAAACCAUGACACAAGACAAAAACCACAAGGGACUUUUGAAGGAAAGAUGAAUGGCUAAUAUUGACUUUACUGCCCAUCAGAUGGUGAAAGGACACUGUGAAGAACUUCAAAGCUGAGUUUGUUUUUCACAAUGCACUGCCACUUCCAUGGGGAACCUGGAUGCAUGCUGCCUCACGUAUGAAAUAACCUGAACAUGAAAUGGAGAUUACGUUUGCAUCAAUAUAUUCUUAAGGCUUUUUAAGACCUUUGCAGUAAACCAAACAUUAUUCUUGUUCACUGUUGUUGGUGGAAAAGCUAAAGAACAUGAAAUAUCACAGUCAUCUGUUUAAUAUAUAUUAAAAUGUAAUUGUUUUGUCUACAGUAUUUGUCAUUUACACACUUGUGAGAUGGUAUUUUUUUGGAUUUAAAUUCACAAUUUUAUAUAAAUUUAUGUAUAUUAUAUAGUGCAUAGACUCUGUGAGUACACUGGAUGAUUAAUGCUGGAUAGGCCUCAUAAUUUGGCAUCAUACAGACAUGAAAAAAACUAAGUACACCCAUAUAAUUCAAUAGCUUGCAGAACCCCAUAUUUCCUGUAAUUGAAAAGCUAGUAGCAGCAAUAAUUCAGGUUUUUUUUUCAUGUAUUGCCACUUUGUCCACUCUGCUUUAUAACAUUUCUUCAGUCUGUUGAGUUUUGUGGCCAAUCAUUUAUUUCUGAAGGCCAUGCAGUUUUGAUGCCUUGAUCACUUUCUUUUUCUGGUCUUCUGUAGUUGUGCUUGAGAGCGUGUUAAUGUGUCAGAGAGAUGGUUUUACAUUUGGCUGCAAAAUAUUUUGGCAUUGAGAAGAGUUCAUGGUCAGAGGCUCCUAGUUCAUGCAGAAAACGCCCAAAACAUCACACUCCCACUACCAUGCUUAACAGUUUGAGUAGCCCAGACAUUGGCCAUUGCAACACAUAGUAGCUAAAAAGUUUUCUUAGCAAUUCAUCAGUCUUUUCCACUUAGCUUAACAUAGCCUUGUAGAAAUAAAUCCCAAUAUUUAUUUCUUUAACAAGUUUUUCCCAUGGCAGUGGCUUUUUAUAAUUUUUUUGCAAUCACAGAAAAUACUCAGAAACUACUGAAAGGAUUAUGAGGUUAGCCGCCAGGCAACAUUUUCUAAAAAAUAUUAGUUAGUACUUAUACAUAUAUUAUGGCAUUGUGCAUAAUAUACCUCAGAAGACAUGCUAUUUAGCGAAUAAUGACUCAUGCUAACAUAUAAACUUUUACAGUGCUAUUGUGUUAGCAAAAUUGUGCUUUGCAUUUUCAUCUGGAAGUUAAAAUUUCUGCGUUCCAUGUCAGAAUAAUCAAUAGGGUUAUUGGUUUCAUACUAAUUAUGAAAAUCCAUUCUGUGCAUACAAAAUAAAUUAUGGUUCCAAUUGUACAUCACCAAACUUCCUGUCCUCCACUCCAGCUGGACACACAGAACAGCAAUAACUAGACACUGCUACUGAAAUGGUGUCACGUUUUUUUAUGAAACUGGUCUAUGGGCUGCUGUGAACAGUUUGAAUAAGACACAAUUAAAUGAGGUGAGGCGAUUUACCAGUAAUAAUCCAAAAUAGAGAUGUUCAAACAAAGGAAUUAUCAAAAAUAAUCUGGUGGGUAAUAAUACUUUCUCCAAUAACUUAUUGCUAUGGUUACGAGCACUGGUAUUCCUACGAAAAAGGCCAUGGAGAAGUUUACCCGUGUGCUUAUCAAAUUCAGCUGACUUUCAGCUCGCAAUGGCAAGUGUGGAAGACCAGCUAUUUCAACAAAAGAGAAGGAGACGGUGGUGGUGUUUUUAUGUGGAAUUUUGGGGUAAUUUGCUUUCAUUCCAAAGAUUAAAAAAUAACAUUGCUGUUGUUUCCAGCCUUUUUUCUGCCUUGGCCUCCAUUCUAACUUGCAUUGUAAAUGUCCAUUGUCCAGUUUUUAGAAUGAGAAGCCUUGGAUGGUUUUUGUCCUUGCCAUGUACUGUAGAUGUGUUAUUAUGGCAAUGUCCCCAUAAUUUUUGAUUAAAUGCCAAUAACUUGAAGCAAAACUGAAAUUUUGAAGACCAAUCAGUAAAAGUUUCAACUAAAAUCUUUUGAUAUCAAAAUGCAGUGUUUGUUGAUCCUUGUUUUAUGUUGCGUUUUAUGUUUCUGUGCAACAAAAAGUGUGUUCUGCUAAUUAUUUCCAACAAAAAAGCAGCAAAAACUUGCCAAAAAUGUUAUCGACAUCAAUUGCUGAUGAUAAUAUUCAUUAAACCAUCAUUUUAUAUUCAACCUUUAAAUUCUCUUGAAUCUCAGUUGUUUCCUUUGCUCACAUAUACUGUGUCUUAAUACACCCAAAUUGCCAAUAAAGCUGCUCUCAUUCAUCUAC